AUGCUGAGUGUACAGGCAUUUCUGCUUUUUCUACUGGCGUGUCUCUUGAUUCUGUACCUUCUGAAACGGCUCUGGUCUCGCAGUCCUUACCCUCCAGGGCCUCCUCAACUUCCACUCAUUGGAAGUGUUUGGGCAUUAGGGUUGACGCUUUCUCUAGACUCUAUCAUUAAGAUGACAAAGCGCUAUGGGAAUGUCUACACACUGUGGCUGGGAUCUAAACCUAUGAUUGUGCUGUCUGGAUUUGAAGCAGUAAAAGAAGGGCUGAUAAACCUCUCAGAAGACUUUGCUUACCGACCUGUGACCCCUUUAGUUCAAGCUGUAGUAAAAGAACGGGGUAUAGUAUUUACCAAUGGCCACACUUGGAAAGAACAGAGGAAGUUUGGACUAGUUACUCUGCGGAAGCUGGGACUGGGGAAGAAAGGCCUGGAGCAUCAAAUAGAAGAGGAGGCCCAUCAGCUAGUUGAGACUUUUGCACGGGCAAAAGGGCAGCCAUUUGACCCUUCAUUGCCCAUCACUAAUUCCAUUUGCAAUAUGAUCUGUGCUGUGGCUUUUGGACACAGGUUUUCUGUUGAAGAUGAAGAAUUUCUCAAGCUGAUGGAAGCCAUUGAUGAUUUUGCCAAAUUUGUAGGCAGUCUUUUCCAUUCUCUGUAUGAAACGUUCCCAUGGAUCAUGAAACAUCUCCCAGGACCUCACCAGAAGGCACUUGCACAUGUAAAAGCUGUGCACACAUUUGCAAAAAAGGAAAUAGAAAGGCAUAAAGAGCAUCAGGCUAUGCAUGAGCCACAAGAUUUCAUCGAUUUCUAUCUAUUGCAUAUGAAGAAAAGCAAGAAUGACCCAAACUCUACAUACAAUGAGGAGAACCUGGUUCAGUGUAUUUUUGAACUUUUUGUGGCAGGGACAGAAACGACGUCCUUGACUUUGCAGUGGGCAUUGAUCCUCAUGGCAACUCACCCAGACAUCCAGCAUAAAGUCCACAAGGAGAUCGAAGAUGUUUUGGGUUCCGCUCAGUCAUUCAACUAUCAAGAUCGAAAGAGAUUGCCUUACACCAAUGCUGUGAUUCAUGAGAUCCAGCGAUUCCAAUAUAUUUUAUUAGUUGGGAUCCCCAGACAAUGUGUGAAGGAUGUGAACAUGUUUGGUUUUCUUAUUCCCAAGGGGGCCAUUAUUAUUUCAGAUCUCCGCUCUGUUCUUCUUGAUCCCAAACAAUGGGAGAAACCUCAGGAGUUCAACCCAAAUCAUUUUUUGGAUAAAGAUGGACGUUUUUUGGAAAGAGAAGCAUUUGUUCCAUUCGGAGCAGGAGCCCGUGAAUGCCUGGCACAACAGCUGGCAAAGAUUGAGCUCUUCAUGUUCUUCACCAGCCUGCUGAGAUCAUUCACUUUUCAGUUUCCAGAAGGCAUGAAAGAACUCAGUGAAGAACCUAUAGUAGGGGCAACGGUGGCUCCCCAACCUCAUAAGCUCUGUGCUGUUCCCCGCUGUUCAAAUUAGGUUGUCUCAUUUGUUUCUAUCUAUUUCUCCUGCAUUCCUGUAGUCACGUUUCUUCAACUUCCUUAUCACACACUGCAAAGGUUCUAAAUCAGUUAUUAGUAUCUGAUAAAUAUUCAGGGAUGUACACUGAAAAAAUUAUCAUUUCAGUUUGGGAUUCAGUCUUUCCG